AUGGAUCGCCAGCAGUUGCAGCCAUCGUCAAGCCAUCAGAAGGCUGCCGGAAGGGUCGCCGCCGAUGGUCAACCCCCGCCGGUUAUGGCGACGCCGGAUAGAAACAUCGUUAAAGGCAGUGGGAGUGUUCGCCGGAAGCGCAGCGGGGGAAAGAAGGCGGCUACUCUGUUACCGGCCUUUGGUGCAGCGACAACGUCGCCGGCGCCGACGUUUACGAGUACUAAUUUGGGUCUGCUUCGUGCAGUGCUGUCGCAAUCGCCGCCGCCUCCGCCGGGGUUUGCAGGCGUCAAUGUGGAUAAUCCGUCACCGGUUUCGCCAGCGCCUGGCCCUCAGUACUUGAUGAGCAACCAGCAGAAGAGUUUGUUUGACUUUGCCGCCGGCAGCAGUACUGCUCCGGCGACGCCGACUCCUCCGUGUCCCCGUGUGUUGGAGGACGUCUCGCAUCUCACCCGGCAUUACCAAGGGGAAGUCGAAGGUUACCUCCGUGCUCAGGAUGAGCAGCUCCGGCGAACGUUGCUGGACAAGUGGCAGCGGCACACGCGCACUCUGCUUUGCGCGGCGGAGACGUCGGCUGCGCGGCGGAUCCGGGAGAAGGAAACGGAGGCGGAGAUGGCCACGCGGCAGUGCGCGGAGGCCCAGGACCGCCUCGCCAGGACCCGCGCCGAGCUCGUGGCGUGGAAGUACAAGGCUGCAGCGGAGCAGUCGCGGGCGGCGCUGGCGGAGCAGUGCGCCGUCGAGCUCCGUUCGCAGGUCGACCGCCUGAUGGCGGUGGCACCUGCGGAGGGCGCUGGGGAGAACGCCGACGACGCAGCCUCGUCCGCGCACCACGACGUCGCAAGCGCCGCGCUUGUUGUGCCGCCGUGGGUGUGCUGCGUCGUGUGCCGAAAGGGAAUGUCAACGGUGGCGGCGGUCCCCUGCUACCACCUCUGCCUCUGCACCGCGUGCGCCACCGCCGGCGCCGCCGCCCAGGUGUGCCCCAACUGCCACGGAUUCACUACAGGAACCAUUCGCAUCCAUUUCUAA